AUGAAUUUACUUUUCUCUAACAGUUCUCAGCUAAAUACCACUGUACCGACCGAGGACUGGUCAUCUGUGUACCAAGCGGUGCGAUGGAUUCAAACGACAAUGGCUAUUUUAAGUAUUUUAGGUUCUGGUUCCAUCAUCUUUUAUGCUGUUAUACAAAAACUUGUUAGAACAUCUGAGAUUCAGCCACUGUUCUUUUUAAGUUUAACAGACCUGUUGUUGGCUUUGAGCUGGUUAAUUGGAGCUCUCCUCUUCAGCAACCCCUGUGAUUCAUAUAUCUGCUACAAUCUCCACACUGUGGAGCAGGACCACACAGCAUCAGCAAUAAUCCUGGCCAUUCUAAUGUUAAUCAAACCUGAGGAAGUGGAUGGAAGUGUGGGAGUCACCCUAUACAUUCUACAGGCAUUUACUUCUGCUUCCCAGGGUCUGUUAAACUGUCUUGUGUAUGGCUGGACCCAGCAGCACUUUAGAUCUGUAAACAGGGCUGCUGUGCGAGAUGCUGACACCCAGACCCCAUUGUUGCGCUCCCAAAAGCAAAACUACAACGCCCAUCACUCUUCUAGUACACACAUGCAGCAGGUCUGA